CCAUAAUACAAAAUACUCUUCUCUCUCUCCUCACUUUUUUCAAAAACCCUCCUGCCUCUCUAAACCCCCCCCCCCCACUUUCUCUCUCCUCCCCGCUCGCCGGAGAUCCCAAAUGUCGGCGGUGGCGCCUCCAGUAGUGGGGCGCGAGCUGUUAAAUCCACCCACCGACGGAGUCACGAACCUUCGUUUCUCCAACCACAGUGAUCAUCUUCUCGUUUCUUCUUGGGAUAAGACGGUUCGAUUGUACGAUGCAAGUGCGAAUGUGCUUCGUGGAGAGUUCAAGCAUGGCGGCCCUGUGCUUGAUUGUUGCUUCCAUGACGACUCCUCUGGUUUUAGUGCCAGUGGUGAUUCUACUGUUAGGCGGCUGGUUUUCAACUCUGGAAAAGAGGAUAUCUUGGGGAAACACGAAGCGCAUGUACGUUGUGUGGAGUACUCUUAUACAACAGGGCAAGUAAUAUCUGGUAGUUGGGAUAAAACACUAAAGUGUUGGGAUCCUAGAGGAGCAAGUGGGCAGGAGCGUACUCUUGUUGGGACAUAUGCUCAACCAGAACGUGUUUAUUCUAUGUCUCUUGUUGGUCACAGAGUAGUAGUAGCUACUGCAGGCAGACAUGUGAAUGUCUAUGAUUUGAGAAAUAUGUCUCAACCUGAACAAAGGAGGGAGUCUUCAUUAAAAUAUCAGACUAGAUGUGUGCGGUGUUACCCCAAUGGAACAGGUUAUGCUCUGAGCUCGGUGGAAGGUCGCGUAGCAAUGGAAUUUUUCGAUCUCUCUGAAGCUGGUCAAUCAAAGAAAUAUGCUUUCAAAUGCCACCGGAAGUCAGAGGCUGGAAGAGAUAUUGUUUACCCUGUAAAUGCCAUUGCCUUUCAUCCAAUCUACGGAACAUUUGCAACUGGAGGUUGUGAUGGCAUUGUGAAUGUGUGGGAUGGGAACAACAAGAAGAGGCUUUAUCAGUAUGUUAAGUACCCGACAAGCAUCUCUGCACUGUCGUUUAGUAAAGAUGGACGACUCCUGGCUGUUGCAUCAAGUUAUACUUAUGAGGAGGGCGAAAAGCCUCAUGAACCUGACGCGAUAUUCAUUCGAAGUGUGAAUGAAGUUGAAGUGAAACCAAAGCCUAAAGUAUAUGCUAAUCCUCCUGCCUGAAUCAGUUAAAACAGCUUUGCUUGGUCUAGUUUAGUGUUUGAUCUUCUAGGUAUAGUAUAGCUUUACACUGGUUUGCUUCUUGAUGCCCAAGAAGCGCAUGUGAACAAGAUGUAAAAACUGAUUGCAGAUUCUAUUGCUAGUUGUUUCAUUCCUGUUUUCAGAACUGCAUUGCAUGCUAUGAUUAUGAUGUUGCAUCUCUCCUACUCAAUGUGGCUCCCUUAGUUAUUAUGAACCGAGUCUCUUGCUUCUCA